GGAAGUCACCGUCUCCCAGGGAGCAGGCAAGGAAGACAGUAGCAGAAGUGGAAGCUGAGCUCCAGAAGUGGGAGGAUGCAGAGAGGGAGCAUCAACGGCCUUUGCUGCCUCACCCUCUUGAGUGGAUUCCUGAUCAUCUGUCUGGGGGCUGUCUUCAUAUCCAUGGGCUCGGGCCCUAACUGCAGGGGGAAACUGAUCCUAGCCUAUUGUCUUUUGCCUCUGGGGUUCCUGAUCCUCCUGAGUGGCAUUUUUUGGAGCACCUACCAGCAGGCAAGCCAAAGCAAGGCAAUCUUCACCAGGGUGCUCAGACAGCACCUAGGCCUUGGGGACCUGCAAAUUCCUACUGUGGACAGGCCAGAUUUUUACCCUCCGUCUUAUGAAGACAGCAUUGAUCCUGAAAAGCAGAUUUCUCUGCAGCAGAAGGAGACCUUCAACAUCCCCCCACCCCUGUAUACUGAGAGCAGCCUAGAAUUCAUGGAUGACACUGACAGCCACGGAGAUAUUCCACCAUCCUAUGAAGCUUCAAUGAGAGGCAUGUUGAUGGCAGAGGCGGCGGGUGCAGUAGUAACAGGAGGAGGAGGAGGAGCAGAGGCAGCAGGGGUUCAAGGCCAAGAAUGCCUCAGGCAUUAAGAGCUCCCAGGCACUUGUGACGCAUGUGUACCAAGAGUCAGCUGCUAAUAAUAAAAAUUGUCAAGAGACUUUGGAAGGAAAAACCAUGUCAGUUAUCCCAAGUUAGAGUUAGUAGAGGAGACGCCACAUGUGACAAUAGUGGUAUUUGAAAGGACACGCCGAAGCAUUCGUACAAUCCCACGGCAAUGGCAGGGUGGAUGUUGUGGAGACGGGGUUAGCGCUCGAUGUGGUCAUUUGAGAGGCUGCCCAAGAACUGAAAGUGAAGGGACUAACCUUUAGCCUGUAAAAGAGAUGCCUGGGGAAAGAGCAGUCCCAAGUAUUGCCUCCUUGUUGCGGCCAAGUCCACCCAAAGCUAUGCGAAUCAUUCCUUUUUAACUCUUCUCAAGAAAAAUGCGAGUGAGCCAGUGAAGACCACUAUCGUGACUCUGCUUUCACUACCUAUAUAUCCGUAAGGUGGCAAGAAGAGAAGAAAUGCAUUGUGGUUGUUUUUGCCUGUUUACUGAGUUUAAUAGUUUUCUAUCUUACCAGGCAAGCCCAAUUCCACCAAAACGCCAUGCCAGCAUAAAGUCCCAUUGGGCUAUUGUGAUCCAUAUCUCUUUAGGACUUGAUGUAGUCACAAAGCCUGUGAAUGUUUAAAGGCAUCAAAUAUAUGAUUGGAUAUCCCUUCCUAUGAAAAACAAAUAACUCCUGGAGGAGUAGGGAACCAAGUCCCUUUUGGGUGCUGACUUUGUAGGCCCCGUCAGGGAUAGGAAGAAAACAGCAUUUUUGCUGUUUUGGUUAAUUCCCAGAGGAAGCUAUUUCAAGAGACAUUGAUAUCACUUCCUCUUUUUCUUCACUAAUAACUUCCCUGGGGGUGGACAAACUGAACUUAUUGCCCUUACAAGACCUUCCCACGCUGGCCCCAACCUUUGCAGCCUUAUUAUACAUUACUCUCUUUCCUGUACCCUUUGG